UUUAAAGAUUAGAUGGCGGGAAAUUUAAAACAAAAGAUUGACUCAUCUUCUUUAAUUUAGUUUUCAAUGACCUGUUGAGAUGUCGUUAAUGUCUCAAGAUCAUUGGCCAGUGAUUUGUCAUACAUCAUUGGAAAGCAGUGAUAUUGUGAAAUUGCUUCAACAAGAACACAAAGUUAGAUUCUCUUCAAAUACAGAGGAGGACACGUGUAUAUUUCCACUCUCCGGAAUUGCAUUCAUGAUUAUGCCACUGAAGAACACAAUAACACAGUCACAACCAGGUGAUGUAAAACUUCAUGAAAAUUUCCUCCAAAGAAUGGAUAGAUUUAUACAUGUUCAUCAAAAAUGCUACUUUCUUGCAUUGGCGGCCAUACAUGAGCGAGACGAGCUGAAAAUAUUUUCGCUGAUUCAACAGAAAUAUUUCAGCUCAAAGCUGAAUUUGAUUCCCAUCCAUAAUGCCAGGGAAUGUUUAAAAGUUAUGACAACAAUUGCGAAAGUAACAUGCAAGCCAAUGAAUAAGGUGCUGCAAGAUCGCCUGGAUAGUAUGUUAGAAAUCUACACCGCCGAUUCUACGACCACAGAUGUGAUAAAAUGUUUUAACCUUCCUUCACACGAGAGCCUCGUUUUAAAGGAUGGUUUGGGGAGUGUUCGGAACAUCAUCAAAGCAAGUAAAGAUGAGCUUCUCGAUUGUAGCCUUGACAAAGAUGUAGUAGCUUCAAUACAAAAAUACAUUAAAGGAGAUUCAAAAUAAGUUGAAGCUCUUUUGGGACCUAUCGUUGGGCCAUGAACAAGACCUCUGCUAAUAUAUUUAUAACAUUUUCACAUGUAAAUGAAUAUUUUUAGCAUUUUGUGACUUUAUGACCAACGUACACAAUGAGAUCUCUCUGUGUAACUGAACAUAUAUACGUUAUACCCAUGUUAUGGGGUAUUCUGUCAUGUCCGGCGUAUGAGAUGAAACACACAUUCAAAUGUCAAGAUAACACAGUAAUCAUGUGGUUGAUAAUACAUUGAUAUCAUGAAGUAGGACAUGAAGAUAAAGUGUUAAAGUGACAUAUUGUCUCCCAACUUUUUUGUGGACAGUGUUUGUCACCUGGCAUUUUGAGUUCGGUAUGAUAUCUGUCACAAAUAGCAGGUGGUGACAUUUUACAUGCUAAUGCCAAGUGUUCAUUU